AUGACCAGCCCGAUCGAGGUCUCUGAGCUCAGAUUCCUCGUCUUCCAGGAGCUGGAGGCCUCGACACUGCGCUCGCUUCGACUGACGUGCAAAGGAUGGUAUCCAGAGGCCGAUCAGCUGUUGUGGUCGCAUGUGUCCAAGCUCGUGCCGCUGCUGCGACUCAUGCCUGAAGAUGCUUGGACAGAGGAUCUGUCACCGCGCACCUACGGCGGCCACGACCGCAAGAACUUCCGGUUUACGCGACCUCUGGCACUCCAAGAUUGGAUACCUGCUCUGAAACGUUCAAUCUUUGUGAAGGAACAAUGGAUCUUCCAUUGGGACAUCUUGCGACCCGCGGUCUGCGCGGAAUCCGUCGUUGGCGUCAUCAUCGCCUGCCCGCCCCCCUCUGUGCCACUCUUUCCUCAUAUGCGGUAUCUGCUGUUGAAUGGCAUGAAGGACCACGUACCAGCUUACCAGCGCCUCGUCGAAAUCCUAUACCCUCAGAAUAUGGUCACACAAAUCAGAGGCUCGGCAGACGAGGCGGACUUCUUCGAUCCCGGGGUUCUUCCAACAAGGUUUCACAAUCUGACGACCAUAUAUUACCUCAGUCUGUACGAUGAACGCUUUCCUCGCCGGGAUGAUGUCGCCUUGACGGGCGCCGACGUUGCGCAACGCAAUGAACUUCGGACUGCUCGCACUCUGGCCGCUUGCCCGUGUCUGAGAGAUGUCAGGCUGUACCCAGCGAAUGGAGCGGUCGCGCCCUGGAUCAUCAUCGCCCUGUCAUGCAGCACGUCCAUCCGUCGGCUUUGGCUCGACUUCCAGGAUCUCAAGAACGAUGAGAUUCGCAUCCCGGAGACAUACUGUUUCCCCCGAUUUCCCGCCCUUCGCAGUUUCCGUACAUCCCAGCUAACGCUCCUGUGUGCCCGGAGGCUGCUGAAUAGCGGCGGGCGAGAGUCCGUGGGCGAGAUAACAAUCCACCAAGAGCCUAGUAUCCCGGGUAAAGGGACUUUGUUCGUCACUUCGCGAGACGCGCUUCUCUCCAUCUUCCGCUCGCUGCACGAUCAGUAUGCGCCAUACCGAUCUCUGCGCUCCUUGUCGCUUGAGGGCACCCUCCCUGCCAUGGCGUUCACCUUCAGCGAUAUCCAGAUGUUCGCUGUGUUCCCGCACAUCACCUGCUUCGAGCUCGACUUCGAGUACGCGGAGAUCCUUCCGCGUCGGGGGGGGGGGGGGGGGGGGUACGCGAGUCCUGCGGUGUCGAAGGAGCCUGCCGUGCUCACGCUUCGCGCCCUGCUCGCGUUCGUCGAGCGGUGUCCGGAGUUUGCAUGCUUGACGCUGCCGAUGGACGCCACGGUUGUGCCUACGUUGCAACCGGACGCGAGUGGCCGGCCGCCGCGGUACUGGGCGCUCGAGGAGCUUGUGGUCCAGGACACGCCUAUCGUUAGCGGAGACGAGGUGGGGGCGUGGAUGGCCGCGACGUUCCCUGGGCUGCGCAAAGUCGUGUAUUAUAUUCCAGAGGUGGACUCAGAGGAAGAGGAGGAAGAGGGGGAGGAAGAGGAGGAGAUGAAAUUGCCCCAAGCGCUCCCCUCAGGAACAUACGGGGUGCCCGUACUACACAAAGUGCCAGAGGAAUACGAUGACGAUGCGGACUGGAGGUGGAAUGAGUGGCAGCGUGUCAAGAAGACGACGACAGGAAAGUCUGCAAACGUUUAG